CCCAAUUUUCGAAAUGCACACAAGAAGUAGGAGUGGUUCACGCUUUUUGGCGCAGAGACACUGUUGUAAGUUAGCAUUCAGUAAUUGCGGUUAGCAGACGUAAUUCGCUCGGCGGUAGCUCCAAACGACUCACCUGAAAGUGUUAGCAUCCAGAACGUAAUUCGCGGUGACAUAAGCAGAAUAUUCGCCCAGUGAGACAGCAAAAAGGGUAGUUUUUCGUUAAGUAAUUUGGAACAGUGAAGUGAACAAACACAAGAUGAUGUCCUUCAAACAGAUGGGAAUUUGCUUAAUUGCUGCGAUUUGUUUAUUUGAAACCGCCAAUGCUGUCCGAUGCUUCCAGUGCGAAUCCAAAUUUAGUCCCGCUUGCGGUGAAAGUCUGAAUAUUGACAUGCUACAAGUCGUAGAUUGUUCGAAAAUUGCUCGACCCAGAUACAUCACCGGCAAUAAGAACUCAACGUCCUGCGUGAAGAUGAUUACAGAAGAUAAUGGUAAACCCAAUAUUGUGCGCUCAUGCUUUUUCGAGAAUUCACUGGAUACGAAGUCAAAAUGUUUGAUUGAUCCUAAUUCGCAAUCUGUCUUCAAGUCAUGCGAUCUAUGCAAUACCGAUCUCUGCAAUGGUUCAUCUUCGCUCUACGGAUCAAUAGCAUUUAUUUGUUUUUCUAUAGUUUUAGCUAUUAAAAAUUACAUGUUUUAAAAGUAAGCUCCCAACAUUUCAAAAACAAAAUUUCCAACACUUUAAAAUGUAAGAAAAUAUGUAUUUACUGUAUAAUAUCUUUAUUAAUUGCAAUCAACACAAGGUAGUAUUAGAUGAAAUUCCUCCUUUGUUUCUAUUUUUUAUUAUUUUUAUAUAUUGUUGACCAUAUUUGUUAGGAUCCGUUAGUAUUUAUUGAAGCAUUUAAUAGGACCUUCAGCGUGUAACAAUCUUAAUAAAAGUAAUUUAUAUAUGUA